AUGGCUAUCGUCGACGAAUAUCUCAAAUCCAUUCUGGGGCUCCUUCGAGCAAAGAAUUCCACCGAACUGCAGUUCUACCUUCGAGUCGAACCGGACCCGCAACUACCCAAUAAUUUUCUUCAAUUGAGUCAGGAACUGAGGGCGUCAUACCGCGACAGCAAUGUCCUCGAGCAACACAUCACGAAUCUGCUUCCAGAGAAUGACGACGACAAGGCUGACGAAGGGGAUGUCUGGCCAGGCUUCCUAGCUUUCAUAAAAGAAUAUCUGGAAUAUUGGAGAGAUGUGAACUUUGAUGAUCUGCUGGAGACGCAUUCACAGCUGAGCGGGCUUGCCAAUGCUUGCAUUACCGCCUUAUCGAAUUCACAAUAUGGCAUUAUCAUCCUGCCAACCGCUAUUCAACUGUGCUUUAGCCUGGCAAAACUUGCCAUGUUGCUCGAUAAGAGACCAGACUUAACGAGUCGACUCCGCAAAGUUGCCAACGUCGAUCAAGGCGAGACUAGGAAAUCAUUGGUUGAGGGCACAGCAGAGUCCAUACAAAGAGCCUUUACCAUGUGUUUGACAGAGAGGAGCUCGAAUCGGAACGGAAUUGGGAAAGAUGGCAAGCCCGAGGGGAAGAAAGUGGGCAUAUAUUCGUUCGCAAACUUGGUCCUGAAGUUGCUCUUUCAGUGCCGGAAGACUCGACUAGCAAACCAACUCUUCACCAACAUAUCCCAGCACUCGCCCCCAUUAGCACUCUACCCCGCCAGUCAACGAGUUACAUAUCUCUACUACCUCGGCCGCUUUCUCUUCUCAAAUAACCACUUCUACCGAGCUCAACUAUGUCUCGAAUCCGCAUACAGCCAAUGCCACGCUAAAUGCACGAACCAAAGACGCCUCAUACUCAUCUACCUCAUUUCCGUAAAUAUGAUACUCGGUCGAUUCCCUUCCCCCCAAAUCAUGGCACGGCCCGAGGCAGCAGGCAUUCUCGAGAAAUUCGCUCCUAUCACCAAAGCUAUUCGGAAAGGAGAUCUCGUGGCCUUUAAACAUGCCUUAGGGCCCGAAUCCGGCAAUGAGCAGUGGUUCUUCAAGAAAGGUAUCCUCCUGCCAUUGCUACACAGAUGUGAAGUACUCGUAUGGCGUUCUCUCGCCCGUCGGGUCUUCCUGUUGACUUACCAAUUUCCAACCGAUCCUAAUUCCCGCAAAGCACCAACACUCGAUCUGGUAGACCUGGUCGCUGCGGCGCAAUACUGCCAAAAGGUCUUAGAAGGAUGGCAAAGACCGGUCGAUUCAAUGGCAUUAAUGCAAUCCGGAAGAACUCAUCCAAAUUCAUUAUUCAUGAAGACACCAGACCUUGUUCCUCCUUCUAACAGGAAGAGGCUUGUUGCUCACCAAGGCACGGUGUUUGGAAACAAGAUGCCGAAUUUAGUAGAGAUCGAGGCCAUUGUUGCAAGUUUGGUGCAGCAGGGCUUACUGCAUGGCUUCAUCAGUCACAACCAAGGGAAAUUCGCAAUCCUGGGCUCCAAGCAAAGAGGUGGACCUUUAAAUGCCGGCUUCCCGACAGUAUGGAGUGUCCUGAAAGAGAGAGCCGAGAGCGAUGGCCGAGACACCGAAGUCCCAGGUUGGGUCCAGGGGGAGCGCAAAGGAGGAAUGGGCGGAGUUGUCAAUCUGAGCGGCAUUGCGCGACCAGUGGGGAGUGGUGGUUGA